GCUAACCACUUCCAUAAAUCAGAGAAGAAACGACGAUGGAAGAUUCGUCAUGGGCCAUAGCUAAUGUGAGUUAGCGCAAAUUAUUUAUAAAUCUGUAAGACUACUUUUUUCCACCCGAGUUGCUUAACUUGAUAUAUUUUAUUUGCUUAAUACACGAAUUGGUACUUGUUUAUAACGUGCCUGAUAAAGCUGGGCUGUAGCCCUUACCUUUAGCCGCGUUAGCAGCGAACUUGGUUGUUUUGGAGCGUUAGACCUUCAUUUAGCUUUUUUUUUCCCUGCUUCAUUUUUAAGUAAACUUGGAACUUUUUGGUGUACUUCUGUGAAGACAGACACGCCGGGAUUUUUUGUUUUUCUGAACUGUUCGGGUGGAGCCCAUCAGUGCGCUUCUUGUUUGAAGGCCGAUUUGACAACAAAGCCAUCUGGUUUGAAGUACUGUCUGCUCAGCUGUGCCUGUUUUGCCUGUUUAUGAACGUGUCGCCGAGAAAACAUGGAUUCCAAACGUCCAAAGAGCAAAAACGAAAGCAGCGACGAGUCGAGCAGCUGCAGCUCGGCGUCCCCGUCCCGCAGCCCGCAGGAGGCCGCUAGCAAAGCCGCCGUGCCCGCAGGCAACGUGUUCGCCAACGACGGCAGCUUCAUGGAGAUGUUUAAAAAGAAGAUGGAGGAGGAGAAGAGGAAAAAGGAGACGCAGCAAACAGGUGGAGACGAGCAAGGACAGUCGUCAGUGGAAAGGAAGCCUGCUGCCGUGACGAGCUUUGUGGGGAAACGCAGAGGCGGUGUGUUCCUAAAGACCGGUAUGGUUGCAAAGAAGCAAAAACAGGACACAGAGGUUGAGCCAGGCAAGAGCGAUGCUUGGUCAAAGUACAUGGCUGAGGUGAAAAAGUACAAAGCCCACCAGUGUGGCGACGAUGACAAAACCAGGCCUCUCGUCAAGUAGGCUCCUAAAAGGGAACGUGGACCGACAGUGCUGAGGGGAAAGCCAUCUGCAAGAAGCUUUGAAACGCUCAAACUGCUUACCUUCUUACUGCCAGUUUUCCAGUCUCUUAAAUCUCUGAAAAACUUUUGUUUUUUCUUCGUCUUGCUUGUUGUUUUUAUCUGGUGUUAAAAAGGGUUUCAGAAAUGUAGUUUACUUUAAUUCUGUUGUUGAUUACAUCUGAUACAUGGGCAUAUUGAUAAUUGACUAAUCAAAUCACAUUAAAAUUAAAUCUGUACUGCCCA